GUCAAAAUGCAACUUUCCAUAAAUAAAGAGGACCUGAUUGAAAUUACCAAAAUACCCCCGUUCUCCCCAAAUAGGAAUGCCCUCGUUCACGUCGUUAGGCUCAUUCCCCAAACACGCUCCUUCACAACGUUCAUCGGUGAGAAGAGCUGCGACCCUGCUUCGAUAUCCGCUCCAGACUUCCUAUCACCGGCGCCGGCUACUGCUCCUUCAUCUGCAAAGCAAAAGCAAAUGGAUGAUGAGAUUUCAAACUCACUCCGUCGCAUGUCGACUCGAGCGCGUAAAGUCGCACCCAAAAUGGCAGCUGCACUUGCCAGCACUGAUAAUCGAACACAGGCAAUUCUCGCACGUCUUGAAGCGCUUGAGAAUGACAAUCCAGGAGCCGAAAUGGUAGAACCUAAUGAUGAUGAUGAUGCAUCCCUUGAUGAAGAUGAUGAUCAAGUGUUCCACAAAAAGCAAUCGAAAGGUACCAAACGUAAAACUCGCCAGGCGAAAGCACUCGAGACUGCAAAGAAAGCCCCGAGAACAUUCCUUGAGCUCUUGCAUGAUGCAAACUUGGAAUCCUUGGGUCCUCAUGUGCCAACCUAUUUAAGAGCAGCGGUUGGGCCGCCAAGCUCCGGCAGCCGCCGCCACUUUUGCACUGUUUGUGGGUUUUCAGCGAAGUAUACAUGCGUCAGAUGUGGGAUGCGUUUCUGUGCUGUUCGAUGCCAGAAUAUUCACAAUGAUACACGUUGUCUCAAAUUUGUUGCGUAGAAUGAGAGAGUGAAUGACCAUUUUGCCCUUCUGAUGCUGAAAGUAUCACUAUAUGUAUAUGUAUAUGGGUAUGGAUAUGGAAUUAUUUCCUGUAGAUCUCUUUUUCAUUCUUUAUGAACUUGCCUAUUGAGAGCUCGGUUUAUCAAUGGAGUUUGAUAUUUUAUUUUGUUCGAUGAUGUUCCUUGAGGCAUCAUUUAUUUUCCUUUGUCUGCUUGCAUGUGGGGAAGAUGGUGCUUUGUGUGUUUUGAUUUCAUUAUAUCUAAAGAAAGUAAGACUGAUCAUGUCAAUGUGCGAC